AUGCAUCCAUUAUGCUGCAUCUCACUAGAGGGUACAGAAAUCGGGAACCAAUCACCGGAUGCAACGUUGACUCGAGCAAGAUCGUUGCCGGCGACAUUUUCCGGUGGAUCUAACGGCAAUGCAGGGAGGAAAGCGGCGGGAUCGGAGGUGACGGUGGCUGGAGUGUUGUACAAGUGGACGAAUUAUGGGAAAGGGUGGAGAUCGCGCUGGUUCUUGUUGAAAAAUGGUGUGCUUUCUUACUCGAAGAUUCGUCGGCCGCCGGAGAGUAUUAAUUUGUGUGACGAUGUUAGAUUGAUUGGAGAAAUAUCGACGAAUCGAUUAUUGAGAAUGGAUAGUCGCGGCAGUGGAAGACAGAAGCCGGAAAAAACUGUUGGCGUUGUCCAUCUAAAGUGCCAAACUUUAGCAUAUUGGGGACUGAGUGGUGGGUUUUUUGGCUUUUGUGUUUUGACAGCUGAUUUAUAUUCUUGUCACCAAACAUUAAUUGGUGUAAUUACCGUUAUUGGUUGUUUUGAGAUAUCAUCAUUCCGUGAGAGCAAGUCCGAUGAUAGGCGGUUUUACAUAUUUACAGCGACAAAAACACUUCAUCUGAGAACUGAUUCAAAGAGAGAUAGAGUGGCUUGGCUGCAAGCAUUGGUCUCAACUAGGAGCCUCUUUCCAUCAAGAUCGUUAAAUGAUAGUCUCUCCCUUGUACCCAAUGAUUUGUCUAUUUCAACGGACAGGCUUAAAAAACGUUUACUUGAAGAGGGUAUCAGUGAAAACCUUGUAAAGGAUUGUGAGCAGAUCAUGCUAUCCGAGUUUUCUGAAAUACAAGGACAAGUUAAAGUUCUUUGUGAAGAACGGUCCAAUUUGCUAGACACAUUAAGGCAAUUGGAGGCAGCUAAUAUUGAGGCCGAGACCUCAGGAAUUCCAGAUGGUGAAUAUCAAUUGACAAAGCAUGACUUUUCAAGUCUAGUACGUGCUAAAUAUAGUGAAUGUAGCACAACUGAAUCAUCUGAUGAUAUUGAGAAACAAGAGCUUGAAGAUGUGUCGGACGAAGAUGGAACCUUGUUUUAUGACACAAGAGAAUAUUUUAGUGAACCGACUGUUAGUGGUUCGCUGAUGACAGAAGUUACAAAGUACUCGGAGAAGCAUGAGAGAUUUAAUCAACUUGAUAAUGAAGAGAAAAUGCAAGCUGAAAAGCAAGUUUGUAGUUCUGGAUGUCCACAUAUUGAAAGGCGAAAAAAGCUCCCUGAUCCAGUUGAGAAAGAGAAAGGGGUCAGUCUUUGGUCUAUGAUCAAAGACAAUGUGGGAAAGGAUCUCACACGAGUUUGUCUCCCUGUUUACUUUAAUGAACCAAUAUCCUCUCUUCAGAAGUGCUUUGAGGACUUGGAGUACUCCUAUCUUUUGGACAGAGCCUAUGAGCAUGGAAAAGCAGGGAACAGUGUCCUAAGGAUCCUAAAUGUUGCUGCUUUUGCCGUCUCUGGAUAUGCUUCCUCUGAAGGUCGACACUGCAAACCCUUUAAUCCUUUGCUUGGAGAGACUUAUGAAGCUGACUUUCCUGAUAAAGGAGUUCGUUUCUUCUCUGAAAAGGUGAAACAAGCCAAACAAAACGUUCUUCGGGACGAUAAAGGGCCUGUUAGUCACCACCCAACUCUCAUUGCCUGCCACUGUGAAGGUAGAGGGUGGAAACUCUGGGGUGACAGUAACCUUCGCACAAAAUUUUGGGGCCGGUCAAUUCAGCUUGACCCUGUUGGAGUUCUGACCCUAGAGUUUGAUGAUGGUGAAAUAUUCCAGUGGAGCAAGGUCACAACAACGAUUUAUAAUCUUAUCCUUGGUAAAGUGUAUUGUGAUCACCACGGGAUGAUGCAUAUACAAGGAAAUCGACAGUAUUCAUGCAAACUCAAGUUCAAAGAACAAUCUAUUCUUGACAGAAAUCCUCACCAGGUCCAAGGGUUCGUUGAAGAUGUUUCAGGUGAUAAAAUUGCUUCAAUUUUUGGGAAGUGGGAUGACAGCAUGUAUUAUACUACUGGAGAUGGGACUGACAAGCCAAAGGAUCGCAUUCCCUCAUCUAAUGCCACCUUGCUCUGGAAAAGUACUAAGCCGCCACCUAAUCUCACUCGGUACAACUUGACGUCAUUUGCUAUCACUCUGAAUGAAUUGACGCCAGGACUCCAGGAGAAGCUCCCGCCCACGGAUUCGAGGCUUAGACCAGACCAGCGGCAUUUGGAGAAUGGGGAAUAUGAGAAAGCAAAUGCAGAGAAACAACGACUGGAGAAGAGGCAAAGAAUGUCAAGGAAAUUACAAGAACAUGGAUGGAAGCCCAGAUGGUUCCAAAAGGAAGGUGAAAAUGGAUCUUUCCGCUAUGUUGGUGGCUAUUGGGAAGCCCGACUGCAAGGAAAUUGGGAUAUAUGUCCAAAUAUUUUUGGUGAAUUUAAUGAAGACCUCGUGGAAUCCUCUGUCUGA